AACACUCCCCCGUCUGUUCGUUUUUCCCCUGUCUUCCUCACUCCCUCCUUCCUUCUCUCGCUCUGUCCUCUGCUCUCCCCCUUUCCAGAAAACAUGAAGAAAGAGAAGAGAAGAAUCCGGGGGGGACGAGUGUGAACAAGGGAAAGUUCGAGGAAAGCAAGAGAGGGGGACUAUAAUAGGCGGAUGGAAGGAAGGAAGAAAUUAAGGAAGGGAUCUAUCCAGCCAUACAACGCGAUUAAACGAGACAUGAGCAAACUAUAUAUUGACCUAUAUUAAACGCAGCAACUCGACUCUUCUCAACUUGUGACGUUUAAAACUAUUUGAGCAUAGUUGAAUACGCAAACUUAGGCUAUUAGGAACCAAGUUAUCGUAUUUCCUAAUUCCUAUAGCAACUUGUUGCAAGUCAUAGCUCACCCCGGAAAAGGACUUAGCCCCGAGGACCAAGGGGCACGGACGAGGGCAGGUCGCCGCAGCCUGAGUUUAGGCGUUGCCACACGGCGUUGACCCGGAGCCAUGGCCGGGGCGAAGCCAGGAGUCCACGCUCUGCAGCUCAAACCGGUGUCGGUUCACGACAUACUAAAACGGGGGAGCAAGUUUAUCAAAUGGGAUGAGGAGCCCAACAGCAGCCACCCAACCCUGAUUACUCUGAAGGUAGACCCAGAUGGAUUCUUCCUUUACUGGACUGGUGGGGCCAACAUGGAAGUGGAGAUUCUUGACAUUAGCCAGAUAAGAGACACCAGAACGGGGAAGUUAGCCAAACUACCAAAGGACCCACGUGUCAGAGAGGUUUUGGGGUUCGGUAAACCAGGCGAGGGGGGUGUUGCCGUGGAGGGGAAGCUGGUAACGGUUGUCCACGGCAACGACCUGGCCAACGUAUCCUUCCUCAACUUCCAGGCCAUGCAGGAAGACACCGCCAAGGUGUGGACAGAGGAGCUGUUUAAACUGGCCACAAACAUUCUGUCUCAGAAUGCAUCUCGCAACACCUUCCUCCUCAAAGCGUACACCAAGUUAAAGUUGCAGGUGAAUCAGGAUGGAAAGAUUCCAGUGAAGAAUAUUCUUAAGAUGUUUUCUGAUAAGAAGAGAGUGGAGACAGCGCUGGAGCAGUGUGGUCUGGUCACCAACAGGGUAGAGGGCAUUAAGCCAGAUGAUUUUACAUGGGAGAUGUUCCAGAGCUUUCUACACAGUCUCUGUCUACGACCAGAGAUAGAACGCAUCUUCGUCGAGCUUGGUUCUAAGGGAAAGCCGUUCCUCUCCUUGGAUCAGCUGACCGACUUUAUAAACCGUCGUCAGAGAGACUCUCGUCUCAACGAAGUCCUCUAUCCUCCUCUGAAGAGAGAACAGAUCAGACAACUGAUGGAGAAAUACGAGAGCAACGCUAGCCAGUUGGAGAGAGACCAGAUCAGUCUGAUGGGGUUCAGUAAAUAUCUUGGGGGAGAAGAGAAUACCAUCGUUCCACCAGAGAGACUGGACAUCAUAGAUGAUAUGAACCAGCCCCUGUCCCACUACUUUAUCAACUCUUCACACAACACAUACCUCACAGUUGGUCAGUUGACCGGUCUGUCGUCGGUAGAGAUGUAUCGCCAGGUGUUGCUGACCGGUUGUCGCUGUAUAGAGCUGGACUGUUGGAAAGGACGGCCGCAGGAUGAAGAACCAUACAUCACACAUGGCUUUACCAUGACCACCGAGAUACCCUUCAAGGAGGUGAUUGAAGCGAUAGCAGAAAGUGCGUUUAAGACCUCUCCCUAUCCCGUAAUCCUCUCCUUCGAAAACCAUGUUGACUCGGCGAAGCAGCAGGCCAAGAUGGCGGAGUAUUGUCGGACUAUCUUUGGCGACGCCCUCCUCAUCGACCCUCUAGAGAAAUACCCGCUGAUCCCUGCGCAGCCCUUACCCUCGCCCCAGGAGCUGCUGGGUAAGAUUCUGAUUAAGAACAAGAAGAAGCACCACCACCGAGCGUCCAGCGGGGGCAGCAUGAGGAGGAGGACAGGAGAAAUAGACGCUCUGGAGCAGGCUUCACCUGUUAACGACUACCCAUUCAGUGACAGCGAGGGGGGCCAGCUGCUGUCCAAUGGGGAAGAGAAGCUGCCAGAGAGUCUGGUCAAAGACGGAGAUCCUCGCAAGUCAAUUGGAGGGGAGGGAGAGAGUGAUGAGGAGGAGGAAGAUGAACCUGUGGCUGAACUGAAGAAACCAAACUCUGAUGAGGGUACUGCCAGUAGUGAGGUGAAUGCGACAGAGGAGAUGUCUACUCUUGUCAACUACAUAGAACCUGUCAAGUUCAAGAGCUUUGAGGUCGCAAACAAGAGGAAUAAGUAUUUUGAGAUGUCAUCGUUCGUGGAGACCAAGGGUAUGGACACACUGAAGAGUGCACCUAUCGAGUUUGUUGAGUACAAUAAGAAGCAGCUGAGUCGUAUCUAUCCUAAGGGGACAAGAGUAGACAGUUCGAACUACAUGCCCCAACUCUUCUGGAACGUAGGCUGUCAGAUGGUGGCUCUAAACUUCCAGACACUCGACCUGCCCAUGCAGUUGAACAUGGGUGUGUUUGAGUAUAAUGGACACAGUGGCUACCUGCUCAAACCAGAGUUUAUGAGAAGGACAGAUAAACACUUUGACCCCUUCACUGAGAACAUUGUGGACGGCAUCGUAGCCAACACCGUCAAGAUCAGGGUGAUCUCGGGACAGUUCCUGACCGAUAAGAAAGUGGGCGUGUACGUGGAAGUGGACAUAUUUGGACUUCCUGCUGACACAAAGAGGAAGUACCGUACCAGAACGUCCAAUGGUAACAGCCUGGACCCGGUCUGGGAUGAUGAGACUUUUGUCUUCAACAAGGUGGUCCUGCCCACCCUGGCCUCUCUGAGGAUAGCGGUGUUUGAGGAGAACGGGAAGUUCCUCGGACAUCGGAUCUGCCCUGUGUCAACAAUCCGACCGGGUUACCACUACAUCAGUCUGAAGAAUGAGAUGAACCAGCCUCUGUUGCUGCCCUCUCUAUUGGUCUACACCGAGGCUCAAGACUACAUUCCUAAUGAACACCAGGAGUAUGCUGAGGCCUUGACCAACCCCAUCAAACAUGUGAGUCUCUUGGACCAGAGAGAGAGACAGCUAGCUGCUCUGAUGGAGGACAACGGCGAGCGUGUGUUGGAGCAGCCGAAGGAGGGAGAGAGGGAUCGGAAGGGCGACGCCCCCCUGGGGAAGAUCCCCUCCCCCCUCCACCCCGUCCCCGCCCCCAUUGAUGACAUCAGCGACCUCAUCAGCUCACCUGGACCAGGCCAGAAAGAGGAUCUUAUUGCUACAGUCCUGGCAAAUCUCCAGGCUCAGUCUAUAGAAGAGUUGAAACAGCAGAAGUCGUAUCUGAAGCUUUUGAAGAAACAGUGCAAAGAACUCAAGGAGCUCCGCAAGAAACACCUCAAGAAGGUUUGGACCCUGAGUAAAGAGCAGAGGAGUCGCUGCAACCAGCUCCGCUCCGACACACAGAGACGACGCAGUCAGAUGGAGAAACACCUCAAACGCAGCAUGAAGAAAAAUGAGCCAGCAGAGCCGGUGCAGAGGCAGUUGACAGCGUUGGAGAUGGAGUUACAGAAACAGACGGUGCAGCUGAGAGAGUGGCAGAUGCAGGAGCUCCUAAAACUACGUCAACAACAACAUACACUGGAGAGAGAGAAGAAACACACACACCUACGAGAGGCGUUUCAGAAAAUAAAGGAGACAUCCCAGGAAUGUCAGACGGCUCAGCUCAAAAAACUUAAGGAGAUCUGUGAGAGAGAGAAGAAGGAGCUUCAGAAGAUUCUAGACAGGAAGAGACAGAACAGCAUUAUCGAGGCCAAGAGCAGAGACAGAGACAAGGCAGAGUCGGAACUGAAUGAGAUCAACAGGAAGCAUAUCUCAGACUCUGUCACCUUAAUCCGCCGGUUGGAUGAGGCCCAGUCAAGGCGUCAGGAGAAGUUGGUAAUCGGUCAGAGAGAAGUCCUACGACACAUAGAGGAGGAGCAACCACUGCUGCAGGCCCGAUUGGAGCGAGACUUGGAGGCGGAGUUACAACGUCUACCAGAAGAGAUCUGCCAAUACCUGCAGGUGCAACUUGAGUCCAAAGGUCUCCGUAGCGACGCUCUCUUCUCCUCCUUAUCCAAUCACAGCCCUAGCUCCAGCUCGGGUCCGCCCUCCAACUGCUCCACACCCACUUUUCCCUUAACACCCAAUAGGAGCACCUGGAACAGGAGCCUGGACAAUAGCAUCGCCUCAUUGGUGGACUCAUCCUCUUCCUCUACUCCUGUCCUAUCAGAAGCAGAUAUGUAAGCCAUAUGUACAUUUAUGUAAACCUAAUGGUCCUGGGCUUUAGUUGGUAAAAUUAUUAUUUUUUGUUUUCAUAAAACAUAUAUAUUUGUAAUUCUUCUCACCGGGAUUUUAGAGAGAGAGAGAGAUACAGACGAGGUUAUCAAAUGUUUUUUUCUUUUUUCUGUUCAUUCAUUUUUUCUUUUUUUUAUCAAUGUCUGUUGGACAUUUUGUCUCUCUACCAAAGCCACUUUCUCGUGUGAUGCAAUCUCCCGCUUUAACUCCUGAAGCUUUAAGCAAGCACACCAUUUUUCUUCAGGAAAAUUACCCAUGCUAUCUGUCCCAAACAAAAAAUCUGGUGGCUUAACUUGGAAUCGUUUUUGGCAUUGUUUUGACUGUGAAUGGUUGGCAAUGUAUUGACUUUUGAGUGGUGGGUCUGUGUUUGAGCUGCAGUACCAAGAUGAGACCACCAGAUGGGAAUGUUGUAUCAGCAGUAGUGAGCAGUUUCUGUCUCUAUCCCUAUGCGAUUCUCUGUUAUUGGCUAGACUAACGCUACAGCUAACAUUGAAAGGCACUUGUUUACACAAAAAACUGCUAGGCAGUGCUAGAUCUGAGCUAGCAUAGCGUGAGGCUAAUGCUACAUGAUAAAUAGCCAGAAUGCUAAUCCCCUGAUCUGCAGCUGGGGGACACAUGAAUGGUAAUGAAAGAGGGAUGACGUGGAGAUGAUGGCCUGCUCCGUCUGUUAUGCCAUUAUGUUAUUAUUCUGAUUUAUUUGAGAUUAUUUGUGUGCGGGUGGGCGCAUGUUCAUCUCCGGGGUAGAUGGCUGCUUUUUGGUCUGUAAACUAUUCUCAUCUCUCACAUCGCUCACAGCCAACUAGAGAGAGAGUGUUUGUGUGUUUUCCCUGUCUUUUCCCUCGAUUUCUCUGUUCCGCUCUCUCUCUCAC